AUGGGUUCCCCGAGUGGACCCCUCCGACCCCGAGCGUCGUCAAAUUUCAUGGGCAUCCGCGCAUCCGGGUUCCCGCCGUCCAUGACACCGCAAGAAAAGCAUCUCUUCUCAACCCACGUCAACACGGCCACGACACGCCUCUCGAGCACGAUGGCCGCCAGCGAGACGGGCGAGGGCUACGUGGGCCACGAGAUCCAAUUUUCCUGGCACUGA